AUGACCAAGAGGAGGAGGAACAACGGGCGGGCCAAGAAGGCCCGCGGCCACGUGCUGCCCAUCCGCUGUGCCCGCUGUGUGCCCAAGAACAAGGCCAUUAAGAAGUUCGUCAUCCGCAACAUCGUGGAAGCCUCGGCCGUCAGGGACAUCUCCGAGGCCAGUGUUUUUGACUCUUCUCUGCUCCCCAAACUGUACGUGAAACUGCAUUACUGUGUGAGCUGCACGAUCUACAGCAAGGUAGUGAGGAAUCGGUCUUGUGAGGCACGAAAGGAUCGGACACCCCCACCCCGCUUCAGACCUGCUGGUGGUGCCCCCAGACCCCCUCCAAAGCCAAUGGAAAGAGCUAUCUGCCUAUCAAAAUUCCUGAACUGA